GGGAGGCGGCGGCGGCGGUGCCGCAGUGAGGGCGGGGGCCACCACCAUGAGCCUGGUGCUGGAGGCGAUGCUGGGCCCCCCGGGGGGGCUCCGCAAGGAGCCUGCCCGCUCCAUGCCGCGCUCCGCCGCCUCCUCCUCCUUCUCCUUCUCCUCCAGCGGCUUCCACUCGUGGUCGGUCCCGGGGCGCUCGGGGAUCGCGGCGCGGGGCGGUGGCGGCGGCGGGGGGGGCAGCGCCGCCGCUUCGUCGUCGGCCACCACCGAGAGCCUGGAGUCGCUGGAGGGGGGGGAGCCGAGAGCUCGCAGCGAGAAGGAGCUGCUGCAGGCGCUGAACGAGCGCUUCGCCGGUUACAUCGAGCGGGUGCGGGCGCUGGAGCAGCGCAACCGGGCGCUGGCGGCCGAGGCGGCGGCGCUGCGGCAGCAGCAGGCGGGGCGCACGGCCAUGGGCGAGCUGUACGCCCGGGAGCUGCGCGAUAUGCGGGGAGCCUUGGUGCGCCUGGGGGCCGAGAAGGGGCAGCUGAGGCUGGAGCGGUGCCGCCUGGCCGAGGACGUGGCCGCGCUGCGGGGCAGGCUGGAGGAAGAGGCUCGGCACCGCGCCGGGCUGGAGGCGGCGGCGAGGGGCUUGGAGCAGCGCUCGGCACGGGAGGAGCGCGCCCGGGGACCGCUGGAGGAGAGAGCCCGGGCGCUGCGGGAGGAGGCCGAGCUGCUGAGGAAGCAGCACCGGGCCGAGGUGGGCGCCCUGCUGCGGGAAGCCCCCGCCGAGCCCCCCCCCGCCUCGCUGCGCCCCGGUGUCACCGCCGCGCUCCGCGACCUGCGCGCACAGCUGGAGGGCACGGCGGCGCGCAGCACCCUGCAGGCCGAGGAGUGGUUCCGCGUGAGGCUGGACAAGCUGUCGGAGGUGGCCAAGGUGAACACGGACGCCAUCCGCCUGGCCCAGGAGGAGAUCUCCGAGUACCGCCGCCAGCUGCAGUCCAAGACCACCGAGCUCGAGGCCCUCAAAGGGACGCAGGAGUCGCUGGAGAGGCAGCGGCAGGACUCGGAGGAGCGGCACCAUGCCGAUGUCCUGUCCUACCAGGAAACCAUCCAGCAGCUUGACAGCGAGCUGAGGAACACCAAGUGGGAGAUGGCAGCCCAGCUCCGCGAGUACCAGGACCUGCUCAACGUCAAGAUGGCACUGGACAUCGAAAUCGCUGCCUACAGAAAGCUCCUGGAAGGGGAGGAAUAUCGGAUCGAGUCCGGUUUCGGGAUGAUCUCCUACCCCGAGGUGGUCCCCAAAGUUCCCGGCAUCGCCGCCAACAUCAAGGUGAAGAGCGAGGAGAAAAUCAAGGUGGUGGAGAAGUCCGAGAAGGAGACGGUGAUUGUGGAGGAGCAGACGGAGGAGAUCCAAGUGACCGAGGAGGUGACGGAGGAGGAGGAGGCUGAGAAAGAGGCCAGAGAGGAGGAAGCUGAGGAAGAAGAAGAGGAGAAAGCUGAAGCAGAGGGUGAAGAAGAAGCCAAGUCUCCUGCAAGGGAGGAGGCCAAAUCCCCAGCUGUGAAGUCCCCAGAGAAACCCGAGUCCCCUACAAAGGAGGAGGCCAAAUCCCCAGCUGUGAAGUCCCCUGAAAAAGUCCCAACGCCCUCCAAGGAGGAGGCCAAGUCCCCCGCGGUCAAGUCCCCAGAAAAGCCACCGACCCCCGCGAAGGAGGAGGCCAAGAGCCCAGCGGUGAAGUCCCCGGAGAAACCCACGCCCCCCACAAAAGAGGAGGCCAAGUCCCCAGCUGUCAAAUCCCCAGAGAAACCUGCAACCCCCUCCAAGGAGGAGGCCAAGACCCCAACUGUGAAAUCUCCAGAGAAGCCCCCAACGCCUGCAAAAGCAGAGGCCAAGUCCCCAGCUGUGAAGUCCCCAGAGAAGCCACCAACACCCUCCAAGGAGGAGGCCAAGUCCCCAGCGGUCAAGUCUCCAGAAAAGCCACCGACCCCCGCAAAGGAGGAGGCCAAGAGCCCAGCCGUGAAGUCCCCUGAGAAACCGGCGACCCCCUCCAAAGAGGAGGCCAAGUCCCCAGCGGUGAAAUCCCCAGAAAAACCCGCAACCCCCGCCAAAGAAGAGGCCAAGACCCCAACUGUGAAGUCCCCGGAGAAGCCCCCAACGCCCUCCAAAGAAGAGGCCAAGUCCCCAGCUGUGAAAUCCCCGGAGAAACCUGCAACCCCCUCCAAGGAGGAGGCCAAGAGCCCAGCCGUGAAGUCCCCAGAAAAACCUGCGACCCCCUCCAAGGAGGAGGCCAAGUCCCCAGCGGUGAAGUCUCCCGAAAAACCCCCAACGCCCCCCAAGGAGGAGGCCAAGGCCCCGGCCGUGAAGUCCCCAGAGCAACCCAAACCUCCCGUGAAGGAGGAGGCCAAGUCUCCGCAGAAGGAGCCCAAAGCCCCCCCGAAGGAGGAGCAGGCUGCCCCCAAGGCGGAGGAGAAGCCCAAAGAGAAGGCUGGGCCAGAGCCUCCGGCCCCAAAGGUGAAGGAGAGCGCCAAGGCCGGCCCCAAACCCGCGGAGGAAGGGAAAGGAGAGGGAAAACCUCCCCAGGAGCCCGGCAAAGCGGCCGUGAAGGAGGCGGAGAAGCCAAAAGCCAAGGAGAAGGCAGAGGAACCAAAGAAAGCAGCGGAGGAACCAAAGAAGGAGAAGGUGGAGGAACCCAAGAAGGCUGAGGAACCCAAAGCCAAACCCAAAGAGGAGCCCCCCAAGGCCGAGAAGCCCCCCGGCACGGACACCAAAGCCCCGGAGCCGGUGCCCGCUGCGGAGAAGAAGAAGUGAGGGGAGCCCCCCCGGCCCCGAGGCAGCACCCCUGGGUGCAGGAGCUGCGAAGGGCGAGACGGGGAGGGACCCCAUGAGGGCCCCCCCCCCCUUGGCCAGGCCUUACCUUAGCAAUAUGUUCGUGAGAGACACAGCCCCUCGCCGCCCCCCCCCUCCCGUGGUAUGUUAUGAUCGCUUCCCCAGCAGAACGCCACGUGCACAGCGCCACAUUUAACACUUGAAUUAGGAGGAGGAGGAGGAGAGCAGCCCCCCUACCCCCCCGGGGGGGUCCGACCACCCUCUUCCCAUAAGUGCAUUUAUGACAGCGAGGGCCACGCGCCCCGCAGAGCUCCAGCUGCAGGGGGGGAGGAACUCGAGCCCACUGUCAGUUGCUUGAUGUGCAAUAACCAAAUAAUAAAGUGCUUACAGAGA